AUGCGCGACAGGUUGGCGGCAACAAUUGGAUCACGAUCUACUCUAAAAAAACUGUCCAAGAAGGAUGUUAACUCUGUGAAUUUAAUAAGAGCUUGCAAUUACAUUGUCUCUCCGCCAGAGCCUCUUGCUUUGAGACUGACGUCCAAUCUGAUGGUCGGUAUAGCAAGAAUAUAUUACCAACAAUAUCAAUUCUAUUAUGCUGAAGUAAACAAUGUUUGGGGUCGACUUCGAAAAAAUCUUGUAUCUCUCGAAACCAAUGAAGUAGUAAACAUGCCAUUGACAGAAGCCAGGCAAGAAUCAAUCACAAUUGCAGAUGAUCCUGACUUUGAAAUCGAAAUGACGUUAUCGAAUCUCAGUACAGUUCCAGAUUUCUUGACUUUUCAGUCCAUCGAUCAUGAAGCCUAUAUUCGUAAUGCUUUCUCCUCGACUGCCACACUCUCUCCUGCAUCCACCCUUCAUUCGGUGUUUCCUCUUUCAACUAUCGACAUGCAAGAUGAUUUAUUACAGUCAGAUGAUAUGGAUAGAAUACAGAUAACCUUUGACGCUAACGGAACGCUAUAUGACCGUAACAUUUCCGAUGAACAUGACAACAGAGAUGCAGAUAUCAUGAUGGAUGUCGGAGAAGAAGCGCUUGGAGAAAUAUACAGACAAGUUGCUGAAGAACACUACAGAAUGGAUGAUAAUGAAAAUGGCAGGAGAAGGCAAAAACAAAGGGUGAAACGGGGAGAGCGAGAAACUGAGGAAACUGUUGAUGGGUCUGAAAGUAGAAAUGAAGAAUGUGAAGCCGAUGAUGAAAGAAUGAUGGAUGACGUUUCUCAAUCAGCAGAAGUUUUGCAAUUGCAAACAUCAACUCAACCAACGCGUCGACAGAAACGUCGAAGAAGUCUAAUGGAUGAUCCUAAUGAACUUACAAUGGCCGAGCUUAUUCUUAUGCGAAAUAGUUAUUCAAGUGAUUUAGACAAGGCUCAGCAUCGCCUUGCAUACAGCGAUAGACUGUGGACUGCAACUGCAAACAACGUUCCACCACCAGAAGACUCUGAAAACAUAAUUCAGACAGUAAACCCACUGACCCAAGAACCGGAACACGUUCGGCGAGCACUUCGAAUAAGCCAAAAUAAUUCGAGCAUUGAUGUGGAUGACAUCCCUGACUUUGGCGAUCACCUCGAUCACGGAUCUUCGGUUGAUACCGCUAAUGGAAGUCGUGAUUUCCCUUCGGACGUGAGCAGCGUAGAUGGUCGACUACGAAGAAUAGGUUUAAACCAUCGCAGACGAUCGGCCGUCACAUCUGAUGCAGGAGCGUCGUCAUUUGGUGAUGGCUUAGACAUGCAUAUGUCAGACUUUCCAAUUUUCGAUGAUGAAUUUAACGAUGAAGCCUCGGCUGUCAGUAUGGCACCAACUGACCAAGAUAGUCAGUCACACUCUCACAAUGUCUCUGAAACCGAAGCUAUUGUAUACUUGAAUAGCGUCUUAAGAUCGGCAAACGACAAUCGGUUUAUACUACAACAGGUGGUAGAAGAGAGAGGGGAGAAAAAGGCCACUGUGGCCAAGUUAUUUGGUCAUAUAUUAGCGCUUGCUUCAAAAGGAUUAGUGAAAGUGAGUCAGGACGUUGCGUACGGAGACAUUAUCGUUAGUUCAGUUGAAUGA